GGAGUCUUCAUCAUCAUUUUGCAGCUGUAACCUGGAGAAUACAUUAUAACAGUAUCUCUAAAAUCUGGCUUUGAGUCUCCUGAGUUGGUCAGUCUCUUAUCUCACUUCAGUGUGGCUCCUGGAACAUCUCAUAAUAAGAUGACAAUUGCAAUUUUUGCCAGCUGUGCAUUCUUUCUGAGAAUAAAAAAGUUAACAAUUCUGGAAAAGAACAAACUGAAGAGAUGCAUUAAGGAAAAUGGUGGGCAGAUUGCAUUUGGGUUAAAUCAAGAGUGCACUCAUGUUGUCACUGAUGAUGCUGAUGCGCUCAGCCCCAGUCAUCUGAAAACCAUCCAGAAAUAUGAACUGCCUGUGGUAAAUGUUGAUUUCAUAUGGGAUUCAAUCAAAGAAAGAAGACUUUUACAGUUGGAAAACUAUGAGCUAUCCCAAACAGUGCCCUGUGAAACAGGUAUGGAGACGACCUUAAUGAAUGAAGAUGACAGUCCUAAGGAAAAAGGUGUUUCUGAGGAGAAUAACAACCAUGAAUGGGAUAACAGCAGAAACACAGAAAAAUUAAGAUGGUUUUCAGAUAACAAUGAAAAUAUUCCAUAUUUUCCUAAAGAGUUUGAGGUUGCAAAAUAUGAUGUUCUUGAAAAGAUUACAGCACAUGGUGAAUAUGUUGUUGUUGAAAUACAGUGCUUUCAGCAGCAGUGCUGUUACCCAUUCUGUGUAAGUGCACAUUACAGCAUGCUGGAAGGACUCCCGAAACAAAAACGACUGAUGCCAACUAAGACUUCUGAAGAAGCUAGAAAAAUCUAUGCCCUUUGUAUUCAAGAUCUAAAGAAGAUGGGUUUUGAAUUAAGAAAAGACUUUCCAUACCAAGCAGAAUAUUUGGCAUCAGAAAAAUUGCAAGAGGUGCUUAUAGCAGACACCGUUAAUUCCAGCGUUUUAUCUAAAGAAGUUGGUAGGCUUGUGGAACUUAUCUGGACUGAAGCCGUCGGACACCUGAAUGAUCUGUUAGAUAAACCCAUAACAAGGAUCAGCUUCAAUGAUGUGAGCAGAGCUGAAGGCAUCCUUCGUCAGGCAAAGGAGGCCCUGGAUGAAACAAAGUCUCCAACAGAGCUGUCCACAAUCAUAUCAGAGUUCUACAAAAUCAUACCCCACAAAAACAUUUUGGAUUAUGAUGUUAGCAAAAAGUUGUUAUCUAAUAAGCGGGAUCUCUGUCAGCUGAUUAGAGAUAUGCUGAAUAUUUAUGAAAUAAACAUGUCAGUUCCUAACUCAUCAUCCCUUUCUAAGUAUCGGGCUUUGAGAUGCAGGAUUGAUGCUUUAAAUGUGGAAAGUGAAGAGUUUCACAAUGUCAAACAGUUGCUGGACCAAAACACCAGUGAAAAUCCAAUACAGGUUUUGCAGAUAUAUAAAGUCAGCAGAAUAACCGAAAGAAUGGUCUUUGAGGGAAAUCUUGGCAACAUUCAGUCUUUAUUCCAUGCAUCAUCUGCUUGCAACUUUGUGGGAAUCCUCUCACGAGGACUCCUUCUGCCAAAGAUGGUGGUCGAAGACUAUGGCUUAGAAAGAACAGAUAUUGGGUACUUGGGCAGUGGCAUUUAUUUCAGCAAUUCUAUAAGAACAAGCAUUAAGUACUCCCAGCCAUGUGAAACAGAUGGAACUCGACUGUUGGUAAUUUGUGAUGUAGCACUUGGAACUUGUUGGGAGACUGAGUCUCACAACUGCUAUUCAACUGAAGCACCACUAGGUUAUGACAGUGUGCAUGGAGUCAGUAGGACAACAAAUGAAUCAUCUGUUUUUGAGGAUGACGAAUUUGUAGUGUACAGAACCAGUCAGAUGAAGAUCAAAUAUGUGGUUCAAUUUUCUUGUGUUAAUGACAAAGUAAAAGAAUUCCAGCCAAUAAUUCAGACUGAAUUAGAAGACCAGAUGCUUUCUCUUGAGCAUCAUGACCAGCCUAAAGAUUAUUCAAUACCAAGCCGUGAUCUAUUGAAUGAUAUUUCUGCUGGUCUCAUGGACAGAGCUGGAAAUCCAAUUCCUCUUAAAGAUAUUCGAAUCAAAGGAAGAAUAAUAGACUUUGUAGCAGAGGUUGUGGUGUUUCAGACCUAUGAAAAUGAAACAAGGGAUCCCAUUGAGGCCAAAUAUGUCUUUCCUUUGGAUGACACAGCUGCUGUAUGUGGAUUUGAAGCGUUCAUUAAAGGAAAGCAUAUAAUAGGAGAGGUUAAAGAAAAGGAAAAGGCACAUCAAGAAUACAGAGAGGCCAUCAGUCGAGGUGAUGGAGCUUAUCUGAUGGAUCAGGAUGCACCUGACAUUUUUACUGUUUCUGUUGGAAACUUGCCGCCUUCAACAAAGGUGCUCAUCAAGAUCUCCUACAUCACAGAGCUCAGUUAUGAGAAAGGAAACCUUUGCUUUCACUUGCCAGCUGCUGUGGCUCCUUGGCAACAAGACAAAGCACUAAAUGAAAACACGCAGGACUCGGUAAGGAAAAUUUGCAUUAGACAAACAGAAACAAAAAGAGAGUUCAGUUUAGAAAUGUCCAUUGAAAUGCCCUUCAAAAUUAAUAACAUUAGUAGUUGGACACAUCAGCUUAAAAUAAAGAAAACAGACUGCAAAGCAGUGGUUUGUACUACUGAAGGCAGUUUCUUGGACACUAGUGGCUUUGCAAUGGAAAUCCUGAUUGGUGAUGUAUAUUUGCCCAGAAUGUGGGUAGAAAAACAUCCAGAUGAAGAUAGUGAGGCCUGCAUGCUUGUAUUUCAACCAGAGUUUGAAGACCCAUUUGAUCUUUUAAGCCUCCAUGGUGAAGCUGUUAUCUGCCUAGAUUGCUCCAAUUCCAUGGCAGGUUCAGCAAUCCAGCAAGCCAAGGAGAUUGCAUUACACGCUCUAAACUCAUGUCAUUUGACAAGAAAAAUAAGUGUUAUCAAAUUUGGGACAAAUUUUGUAGAGUUUUUUCCCAAUCUUGAUGGUUCUCCAAUGGAUCCCACAGCUUUGAAAGAGUUUAUCACAUCAGCUACAGCUACAAUGGGAGACUCACACUUAUGGAAGGCAUUGCACUAUCUGAGUUUGCUGUACCCUGCUGAAAGCAAGCGCAACGUUAUUCUUAUAUCUGAUGGACAUAUUCAGAAUGAAGGCUUGACCCUGCAGACUGUGAAGAAAAAUGCAACGCACACUAGAAUAUUCACAUGUGCAGUGGGUCCUACAGCAAAUCGUCACAUGCUGAGGUCUUUAGCGCAAUAUGGAGCUGGAGCUUUUGAAUAUUUUGAUGUGAAAUCAAAAUAUAACUGGGAGAGAAAGAUGGAAAGCCAGGCAACUAGAAUGUUUUCUCCACGGUGCAGUUCUAUUUCCAUUGAAUGGCAGAAUUAUGAUAUAGAAAAACCUGAACUUACAUAUGCUCCUGCUCAGAUACAGUCUCUAUUUAACCACGAGCGUCUUCUAGUCUAUGGAUUUAUCCUCAAUUGCACACAGGCCAUUUUAAAUGCACUAGUAGAUAGGCAGGAAUUGCGUGCGCUGGUAUCUACAACUGAACUGCAGAAGACCACGGGAACUAUGCUCCACAAACUUGCAGCAAGAGCCUUUAUCAGAGAUUAUGAACAAGGAAUGCUUGAUGAGAAUGAAACAGAACAUGAGAUGAAGAAACAACAACUGAAGUCCUUCAUCAUUGAGCUCAGCCUGAAAAACUCCAUUGUGACCCAAUUUACAAGCUUCGUGGCAAUUGAAAAAAGGGAGGCAGAUGAAGACCGAAGUGCUGAUACUUUAAAUGUCUUGGAACCUGUAGCCAAAGAAGAUGUAGAUAUUUUACCCUACAUGGAAUAUUCAACAGAACUGGACGAUACCAGCAUGCUGGAGGAUGACUUUCUACUUGAGGGUGAUUUUCUUGAGUCUGCAUCCUAUGAGGUAUUGGGCGCAUGUGCCACAAAUGCCAUGGACAUUCAUUCUCAAAAUGAUACUUUUGACUCUGACACUCAAGUGCAAGUCAGUACUCAGAUAAGCCCAAAAACCUACAGUGGGUCUUUCUUUUCUUACUCCCCUCAACCAUCAGACCUUAAUCAGCUUACAUUACAGUCAAAGUGCCAGUCUCAUCAGAAACUCAGUUCUGACUUACUGGAAAUGCCUAGAGUCUCCUUGCGCAGGUCAUCCAGGAAAGAAAUUUUGAACAUACCUGGAGAAGGAAAGUUUAUCAUCUUCCUCAAUAAAUGGUUCCAAUGUCAGAUUGCUCCUAGCAUUAGGAAGAUUUUUCUUACACCCAGCCAGAAAAGGAAAUUUUUCAGUCUUGUUGAAAUACAUUCUAUAUAAAUUCACUUAGAACAGGAUUUUUGUCAAUAUCAUUUAAGCAAAAUUCAACUAUUUUAUGUUGGAGGAUAUUGAGAAGUGUUUCCCCAAAAGAAUAACUGCAGAAGCAAUAAAGUAUUGCAAGAACUUUUUAAAAAGUAUAUAAGAUUUUAUUGUGUGAGUGAUAUGUUAAUUUGUCAUUCCACAAGGAUUUAGUAUUGGCAAAAGAAAAAAAAACACUGAAAGUUUAUAUUUAUGGCUGAAAGCCAACAACUUUUUUCUAUUCACAUAAAAGAACCCUCCUUCAUGACCUCAGUUUUGUUUCCCGGAUGGAUCGGUUGCUGCCUGAUUACCAGAAAUAUUAGGAAUUAUAUAAAUGUAGGGAUUCUCAGACUAGAUCAUGACCUCAUCCUUGUGAGCAGCAGUGCGGACAAUUACGGGCAUGGCUUGGUACACCCAUGUGACCCCUCUGCUUUACGAGCUGCACUGGUUGCCAGGUUGCUUCUGAAUGCAAUUCAAAGUGCUGAUUAUAACGUAUAACGCCGUAUACAGCAUUGGGCCUGGCUGUUUUACGGAUUGCCUGUCUUCAGUGAUCUCUGCCCAGUAGUUCAGACCAAAAGGCAGGCACUUCAGGUCUCUUCAAUUAAAUAUUGUCAUCUUUUG